UAACAGCGCAAUGAACCAAAGAAAGCCACAGCUGAUUUCCGCGAGCUGUCAAAUGCAAAAUUAAUAAAAUUCCAGUGGGUAUUUUCAAAAAAAACACAAGAUAAAGUGUUCGGCGAGGUAACAGACUCCAAUCGGCUGUGAUUGAGUCAAGAUUGGAAAAUGUCGCACUACAGUGACGCGGAGGACUCAAUGGACAUAGGCGAUCUGGGGGUGAGGAAGCGGAAGGCGUGGGAUCCGGAAACCGAGUCCAUCACUUCAGAGAUAAAGGAGUUGCUGGACGAGGAUGUCAACUCGCUGGUGGAGGAGGACUGUGUGGGGUGCCCCCUGCCCUCGACACCCGAGGACGAGAAUAUGCUGGAUUCGGAGAUGAGUGAUGUGCUGAAAGCGGCUGUUCUAGGUACAGGUGACGAGCUGGACAUCACAGCUUUGGCCCACAAUGCGGCCUCGCAGGCCGAGCACGUCGUCCGAAAAAUGAUCCAAGCCGGUUGGUCGGUCUGCCAUUUCCGUAACUUGCCGGCAUGGCUGCAGGACAACGAUUUCCUCAUAUUCGGGCACCGGCCGCCACUGCCCAGCUUUCGGGCCUGUUUCAAGAGUAUUUUCAGAAUACACACCGAAACGGCGAACAUAUGGACGCAUUUACUCGGAUGCGUGGCUUUCAUAGCAAUCGCGGUUUUCUUCUUGAUGCGACCAACAAUCGAGAUCGAACUACAGGAGAAGAUCGUCUUCGGCGCGUUCUUCGCCGGAGCGAUAAUCUGCCUCGGCAUGUCCUUCAUGUUCCACACCGUCAACUGUCACUCUCAGUUCAUCGGCAAGCUCUUCUCCAAACUGGACUACUGCGGCAUCGCCAUGCUGAUAAUGGGCUCGUUCGUACCGUGGGUAUAUUACGGCUUCUACUGCCACUUCCGGCCCAAGGUGGUCUACCUGUCCGUGGUAUGCGCGCUGGGCAUCACCAGCAUCAUGGUCAGCCUGUGGGACAAGUUCUCGGAGUCGGGAUGGAGGCCGUUCCGGGCGGCCGUCUUCAUGACGUUCGGGCUGAGCGGCAUCGUCCCGGCGAUCCACUACGGGAUCGUCGAGGGCUGGUUCAACAAGGUCUCGCAGAAGUCGCUCGGGUGGCUCAUCCUGAUGGGGCUGCUGUACAUCAUGGGGGCCAUGCUGUACGCGCUGAGGGUGCCCGAGCGCUGGUUCCCCGGCAAGUUCGACAUCUGGCUGCACUCGCACCAGAUUUUCCACGUUUUCGUGCUGGGGGGCGCCUUCGUGCACUACCACGGCAUUUCGGAGAUGGCCAUGUACAGGGUUACGAUAGGGCAGUGCGAGAUGCCUGAUAUACCCAUCUAUUAACCAAAGAGCUUCGAAUACUGUUUCCUUUCCUUCAAUAAAAUCCAUGCAAAUCAAAUGAUUUGUGCUUUAUGUUAUGUGAUUCGUUGUUAAUUGUUGCGUGUAAGAUACAGCACAAGUCACUGGACGGUGCGAACAAGACUCGACACUUUUACUUCUUUUCGUUUCUAGGUGUAAACGGAAGCUUUUCGAGGAGGCUUUAGUAUACAUGUCUAAAAUAUUACGAUAACGAUAAUAAAAUAUAUAUUUUGCUAAGAUCAUCAAAAUUUUUGAGAAGGGUAUAUCGUGUAAGUGUACUAUUAUAUCAAUAUUGUAAAAAAGAACGGAGGUUAGAUAUAUUUUUGGGUGUUUUAUCUGUACUUAACUUCGAAAGUGGAGCGGGAGGAGGUUUCUUUCUGUUUUUUCCUGCAGAUACUACACGAUAAAAUUCUUUCUGGUAGUUAUUAGUUUCCACUUGUUUGUUGUGUUGGUGGCCGAUGUCGAUUCUUUUGUGAUAAUUUAAAGUAGUUCAUAUAUUUAUAUUUUAGUAAAUUUGUUGUAGAUAAUUGUUUUUAAAAAUAUAAAGAGAAUGUAAUGUUAAACAUGGAAAUAUAUCAUGUGGUGACCAA